AAGCGAUCAGCCGUGAGAGGCUCAGUCGCCUAAAGCAGCCGUUUCCCUGCGUGUGCCGUCCCCUCAGUCAUGCCCUAACCACAGCCCCCGGUGCCCACCUCACGAGCUCGCCGGCAGGCCCCCGCCACUGGACUCAGUAGCCAGGAGGAUACAGCGCCCCCACCGCCCAGAGGAGAGGACCCAGGUGACAGCAUGCGACCCGCGCCUGCCCUGCCCAGAGCACUCGCAGUGUCUGCAGCGGCAGAGUGAGGACCGGCCCAGAGAGCCCGCGGCUGCGCUACUCUCACACGCCAGCAGAGGUUAGCACAAAGUGAAUUAGCUUCCCGAACGCUGUGACAAGGCAGAGCUGCUAGCAGCGGCAGCAGCAUCAAGAGCAGCAGCAGAAGCAGCAGACACAGCAGCCAUGAGGUCUGUGACGUGGAGCUUGUGUGCCAUGCUGUGUCUCUGCACCUGGGGCGUGGGGGACUGCCGGACGGGGGACUCCUCGCUGCGGAGGCGGAGGUCGCCCGACGAGGACGCCAAGAAGUGCUCCUACACCUUCCUCGUCCCGCAGCAGAAGAUCACGGGCCCCAUCUGCGCCAGCGCCACGGGCCCGGAGCCCGACAAGGACCGGGUGACGCGCAUGGACAUCGCCGACGUGCGGGAGGUGCUGUCCAAGCAGCGGCGCGAGAUCGAGAUGUUGCAGCUGGUGGUGGACGUGGACGGCAACAUGGUGAACGAGAUGAAGCUGCUGCGCAAGGAGAGCCGCAACAUGAACUCGCGCGUGACGCAGCUCUACAUGCAGCUGCUGCACGAGAUCAUCCGCAAGCGCGACAACGCGCUGGAGCUGGCCCAGCUGGAGAACCGCAUCCUCAACGUCACCUCCGAGAUGCUGCGCCUGGCCGCACGCUACAAGGAGCUGGAGGUGCGCUACGCCGCGCUCGCCGGCCUGGUCAACAACCAGUCGGUGCUCAUCAGCGCGCUGGAGGAGCAGUGCCUGCGCACCUACAGCCGCCAGGACCUGCCCGUGGUGCCGCCGCUGGUGCAGGUGGUGCCGGAGAACAUCCCCAUCAACAACCGCUUCACCAACGAGAUCCAGCGGGACCACAACCGCGCCUUCCCCCGCGGCUCCCGGAUGGACUCCUCGCCCACCGCCAGCCCCCUGGGUUUCCCCCCGCCGCCCCAGGGCACCCUUAGCUCAGACGGGCCGUUCCGGGACUGCUACCAAGUGCGGCAGGCGGGGCACACCACCAGCGGGAUGUACCUGCUGAAGGUGGACGGCACCGAGCAGCUCAUUCAGGCGUGGUGCGAGCACGGCCUGGACAACGGCGGCUGGACAGUCUUUCAAAGGAGGAAGGACGGCUCUGUCAACUUCUUUAGGAACUGGGAGAACUACAAGAAAGGGUUUGGCAACAUAGACAGCGAGUACUGGCUGGGCCUGGAGAACAUCUACCUCCUGGGCAAGCAGGGGGACUACCGUCUGCUGGUGGAGCUGGAGGACUGGGUGGGGAAGAAGGUCUACGCCGAGUACAGCAGCUUCCACCUGGAGCCCGAGAGCGAGUCCUACAGGAUACGCCUGGGCACCUACCAGGGCAACGCUGGAGACUCGCUGAGCAGCCACAACGGCAAGCAGUUCACUACGCUGGACCGGGACAAGGACGCCUUUUCAGGUAACUGCGCGCACUUCCACAAGGGAGGCUGGUGGUACAACGCCUGCGGGCAGACCAACCUGAACGGGGUGUGGUACUCGGGCGGAGUCUACCGCAGCAAGUUCCAGGACGGGAUCUUCUGGGCCGACUACGGCGGCGGCUUCUACUCCCUAAAGUCCGUGCGCAUGAUGAUUCGACCCAUUGACUGAGAAACAGGCGGGCUGGAACCCCUCCCGCCCCAGAUCAUGCCCCUAAACCCCGCCAAACCCCCAUGGCUUCCCCUUCAAACUCUCAGCCCUGCCCCGUCUUGUCACACGCCCUAUCUGAACAGCACAGGCAGACUUGCCUCAUCACCCUUCCAUCGUCCGCUGCGCUGUAGAGGCCUGGAAGGGAGGGAGGACACAGGGACGGGACUGCUGCGUGUCCCACAAUGCCCCGAGUCGCGUCGGGUCAGCGACGGACAAACCAAAAGCGUCCCCGAGGCUGUCGGUGGACAGACGCUAACCGACACACAGGUGGCUGUCACUGCACGACUCCCCUCGCAUAACAAGCCUGCUGUUCCACACAAAGGACUCGAAAGGCCUCUCCUAUUACAGACAAUAUGGUAGUGUUACUGUAUGUGUCCCACGAUCAUUCUCCAAAAGCACAAAAGGAAAUCACCUGAGGGGAAAAAUAAUGAGCUUCUCAUUGUGUAAAAAAAAAACACAAUGCUCGCUUUGAUAUGUAAAUAUAUUUUGGCUUCAUCUGUAAGUUAAUUUAAGAAGUCUGAUUCUGCUUGAGCUGUACGUUCUUAUCCCCCCUGCCCUCUGCCCUGUUAUUUAUCGAUCUAUUUAUAAUGGAUAUAGUCUUGCCCCCUUUUUUAUUUAUCCCUGGUGAAUUUGUACAUUCUGUAUGUGCUCUGUAUAUGACGUUUAGUCACAAACUAGCCCUCCCUCACCCCCUGUGGAGACUGACAGCUAGCUGACAGGAGGUGGAAUCCAAGCCCAGCUCUGCCAUCCCAUACAUUGCCGCAUACCAAAUUAAACUAUUUUUAAGUACCUUCUUUUCUGAAGACUCCUCAUUCCUUUAGUAUCAUUGACCUGAAAUGAAC